AUGAGCAGCAAAAUAGACGCGGAGGUCGCUCUCCGGGUGGUGAAUGGCUCAGAUAAGCCUGCCGGACUCCCGAAGCCGAAAGACGUGCAGAUUUCAAGAGUGAACAAGCGCUCUGGAGCAUUCGCUUGGCCGUCGAGGUUCUUCUUGCGAGAAAACAUCUCAGUCAGCUGGGAUAACUCGCCCUUCAUCGCCGAGGACCUCAAAUCGAACGCUGCAGAGCUAGAGGGAGACGAUGUCGGUUUCAUGCUUAGAACCGAAGAGAAUUGGGCGCCGGACCGAUAUCGGAUUGACUGUAUUCUUGACAUCGUCCGGGAAGCUAGCCUCAGAAAGCUUCGGGAAGGAGAUGAAGGUGCACAGAGAGAGAAGAUCGCACUCCUAAUCGACGGCAACAACUCCGGGGCACAACCAACUUUCCGGGAGUUUCUUGGCGGCCUCACCGCGCAAGAGCUGUAUGAAGAACUCAGGAAGCAGCGCUAUGGUGAUGACGACGAGGUCCCCAUUGUUAAUGGUGACCGGAGAUUGAUCUACAUCUCUAAUUUGGAUGCAUGGGGCAUUCUCGCACUUGGUCAGAUUCUGCGGGAGUUCGAUGAGUUUGAAAGGGGCUUCAGCGAACUUAAGGACAUUCUAGAAGACCUCGCGCAGGAUUUGAAAGAGACCGCCAGAAGCGGCGAAUCCUUCAUGAAUACGGACGUCCGCUAUCUUAUCAACGAUAACGAACCAGAAGACACAUCUCUUUGA